AAGUACGCUACAUGGGCAUUACUUUCCAGGUGCAUUACUCCCCUAUCUAUCUCACUUGUUUACCAAAACAACGAGUUUGUUUUACUCACUCCUUACGAACCCUAUUUUUAUUCAAUCUUAUUAAUUUCCACAAAUCCCCAAAUAUCCAGACUCGGCCAUUUUCUUCUUCUUCUUCUUCUUCUUCUUCUUCUUCUUCUUCUUCUUCUUCAUCAACUUCAACAGACUUCGAUUACUUGAAUCAGUUUUCCCCUUUUUGCAACUCUAAUAAAGCAACUGUCACCAGUUCUUUAAACUUCAUUAAUUUGAAUGAACGCCGUAGAAUCACUGUUGGCCUCUCGAAGGUGAUCAAGUUGCGACAUGGAUAUCUAUUGAGCGGUUUUUCUGACAAGUUUUGCCCGAGCUUCUUAGUCAGAAUCAUGAAUAUUAUAGGAACCAGAGAGACUGCAUUUGCAUUCUUUAGGUUUGCAUUUAGGGAUGAUUCUGAGGAUGCUAUUAGAUCUUCUUGCACCGUUGCUCAUAUUUUAGCUUCUCAGAACCUACGGUAUCUUGCUCAAGAUGUUGUUUCCUGGGUAAUUAGGAGAAUUGGGGAAACUAGGAGUGAGGAUUUGGUGGAGUUUAUGUGGGAGGGUCAUUAUGAUUAUGAGUCGGAUUUCUCGGUUCUUGAUACGUUGAUGCGGGCUUUUUUGACUGCGGGCAUGGGUACACGGGCGUUAGGCAUUUUGUGUAGGAUGAGAGAUAUGGGUGCGGUGCCAAGUUCUUCUGCAAUGACAACCCUUUUUGAGUUUUUGCUGAGAGUUGGUGAUUAUGGUAGUGUGUGGAAGCUGUUUAGGGAUAUGAUUCGUGAAGGACCUUGUCCUUCCAAUUAUACUUUCAAUGCCAUGAUUCUUGGUUUUUGCAGAAAGGGUCAUCUAAGGACUGCGGAGAGUUUGCUUAAUGUGAUGGGGAAGUAUAAAUGUAAUCCGGAUGUUUGUGGAUAUAAUAUUCUAAUAAAUGCCAAUUGCAUCCGUGGAUGGACUUCAAGCGCACUUGGUUGGGUCCAACUGAUGAUAGAGAGGAGUUGUAACCCAAGCAUUUUAACAUUUAAUAUAAUUGUUAAUGCCUUGUGUUCUGAGGGUAAUGUGGUGGAGGCAAGAAAGGUUCUUAAUGAGAUUCAAGAGAUUGGUCUUUCCCCUAAUGUCGCAAUAUAUAAUACCUUAAUAAAUGGGCAUGUUAAGGCAAGAGAUGUUGGUCAGGCAAACAUGCUUUAUGAAGAAAUGAGAUCCAAGGGUAUAAUUCCCGAUGCUGUAACUUUUAAUAUUUUGGCUGCAGGGCAUUUCAAGUUUGGACGGAAAGAGGAUGGAGAUAGGUUGCUGAGAGAGUUAUUGGUAAUGGAUUUGCUUCCAGAUCAUUCAUUGUGUGACAUUUCAGUUGCAGGGUUAUGUUGGGCAGGCCGUUUGGAUGAAGCCAUGGAAUUUUUAGAGAAUAUGCUGGAGAAAGGGAUGAGACCAAGUGUUGUUGCUUUUAACUCUGUUAUUGCUGCAUACAGCAGAGCUGGCUUGGAAGAGGAUGCCUACAAAGUCUUUAAACUUAUGAUGAAAUUCAGCCUGAUUCCAUCAUCGUCCACAUGUAGUUCUUUGCUAAUGGGUUUAUCCAGGAAGGGGAGGCUGGAGGAAGCUAGGGAGCUUUUGUAUAAGAUGAUGCACAAGGGUUUUCCCAUCAAUAAAGUGGCUUUUACUGUGCUUUUGGAAGGUUACUUCAGGAAGGGGGAUUUAGCUGGGGCUAAAGAUAUUUGGAAUGAAAUGCAAUGUAGGGGGAUAUACCCUGACGCUGUUGCGUUCUCAGCCUUUAUCAAUGGACUUUCCAAAGCUGGUCUGAUUGAGGAGGCAUAUGAUUUGUUUCUUGAAAUGUCAGACAGAGGAUUAAUGCCAAAUAAUUUUGUAUAUAACUCCUUGAUUGCUGGGUUUUGUAACCUUGGAAGGAUAAAUGAAGCGCAGAAAUUGAGACGAGAGAUGAAGCAAAAUGGUCUUGUUCCCGACAUUUUUACCUUCAAUAUCAUCAUUAAUGGAUUUUGUAAACAUGCCACGAUGAAAUCAGCAUUUGAUGCAUUUAUGGACAUGCAUCGUGCAGGCUUGGUCCCAGAUAUUGUAACCUAUAACACUUUGAUUGGUGGGUAUUGUGAAGCAUUUGACAUGGUCAAAGUCAAUCAGUUCAUGAAUAACAUGUAUGCUAAUGGGUGGGAACCAGACAUCACAACCUAUAAUAUACGGAUUCAUGGUUUCUGUAGUAGUCAAAAAAUGAAUAGAGCUGUGAUGAUGCUAGAUGAACUUCUUUCAGCAGGUGUUGUUCCAGACACCGUGACAUACAACACAAUGAUGAAUGGUGUUUGUAAAGACAUACUGGAUCGUGCUAUGAUCAUAACCGCUAAAUUGCUUAAGAUGGCCUUUAUUCCCAACGUCAUUACUACUAAUGUAUUGUUGUCCCAUUUUUGCAAGCAGGGGAUGCCUAGAAGGGCACUAAUGUGGUGUCAGAAGCUAAAUGAGAUUUCCUUUGAAUUUGACGAGGUUUCUUAUAAAAUAAUGGACCAAGCAUACCGUAACAUACAUGAAGAUGUUGAGUUUUCUAAAGCAACAUCGGGGAAAAGUCUCCUACUAGAAUUUCUCAUGUACAUUACAUAUGAUUAUUUCUCUAGAAGCAGACAUAAACAGGAAAUGAAUCCAGAAUCUCUUGAAUUGAUUGUGUAAUCCCUGGUGGCAUCUCUUGAAUUGAUUGUGUAAUCCCUGGUGGCAUUUUAGCAUUCUCAUGAUUACAGGGAGUGCUUCGCAUCUGUCAGGGAUGAAUAUAAAAAUAGGAACAGUUGGAAAAGAUGUGGCUGAUGGUUGAGAUGAUUGCAGAAGUCUAUCAGAGACUUUUACCGCACUGGGAACUAAAUGCGUGGAGCUGAAACCACCGCAAGGAGAAAGGAGACAUAAAGAACAGAGGUACAGGAACUAUGAGGGAAGACACGGUGUUCCAUACAAUAAUUUUUGAAUGGAAGUGAGAAAAGGGGUCUUUUUGACCUGCUUCUUAAACCGAAUAAUAGCUAUUCUUAUGUAAAUUUGGUUCAUUGCAUAAAUUACCGGUGGCUGGCUGGCUGCUUGCUUGUUUCUACAGUAACAUGCAGAGGUCGUGGAUGCUGAGUGUCUUCCUUAUUGACUACAAGAAUCCACUCUCCAUUUGAAUAGCUAGUGGUUGAAAUGAAUGUGUCCAUGAUCAGAUUGUUGCAUCCGAUCUGGAGUGGUGGGAAUCAACAACAAAUAAGCUUCGGCUUGGGGGUAGCAUGCUGUUAGAUGAUCUUGUUGUAUAGCGGUGGAUUCAGUUUUGGGGUAAAGCUUGAAUGGGAUGUGUUGUAUUAAUUAAGUCCAGUUAAUAUCCAUUAAUCCCAACUUGGUUUGUGCUAAAA